UAGGCUAUUAGAUAUUGCUGAUUGUUCGCACCAAAGUGGCUGUAAGUAGGCCUACUGACCCAAGAGGAGGCCUAUUAUUUGGCUAUUAAGUUGACCUAUUAUUGUUGCUGAAUUUAAUAUCAGUUUACAGCUUGGUUUCUGUAUAAGCCUAUUACUUCUGAUUGUUUUAUAUUGUAGCUUUUAAUCAACUGGUGACGAGUAUUUCGAUGCCUAUUACUCUAAUCUGAACAGAUUGCAUGCGGCUCUGUCGUUCAUGAAAGUGGCCACUGAUGAGCAUUAAAAUCGAUUGACUCAUGCAUCCCAGGAUGACGUCAACAUACAAGAAAAGCUAUCCAAACUUCUUAAGCUUUUUGAAUUAUCGUUAUAUAUUGUUGUAUUUGUUUCUAGAGUUGUUUAUAUUAAUCCCCAUUACGUGGCAAUAUCAAGAUAAUCGAAGCUGUACAUCAAAUCAAUUCCUAUGUAAAGGUGGACCAUGUAUCCCGAGAAACAAAAAAUGCGACGGAACGUUCGACUGCUUUUACAAUACAGAUGAAAUAUAUUGCAAUGAUGAGUAUACCAUAUAUUUCGAUGUCUAUUACAACACAGAAAUAAAAACAAACGCAACACUCAUUGAGCCCUCUGUUGAAAGUGUCGACGCAUGUGCAGAAUACUGCCUCAAAGAGAAGUCUUUUACAUGUGGCUCAUUUGACUACUCCAAUGUAAGCAAAGAAUGCCGCUUUUCGCAUAUUGGUUCACCAGAGACAAAUCAGACAGAUGAAGAUGACAUUUUACACUUUAAGCUAGUUCCUGUAAUUGGUUAG